AUGAGUUUAAAAAGUUAUAUAAAAGAUGUAUUUUUAAAUGGUAAAAAGUAUUUGAAGCGACAUGAUCUAGAGAGUUUACUUUGGAUGAUAAACUUCAUACCGAAUAUUGCCGAAAUCACUAAGGAAACUGCAACAUUCUGGACGUUGCAUUUUGUUCUUCUGUUGUAUAUCUAUGGGUUUGGUUGUCUCUUUUAUCAAAUAAAAUUUGCUAAUGGACCCGGGGAUUUCAUUAAAAGUUACGUCAAUGUUUCCAUCUUCACACUAACUGCAACUAGCAGCGGUUGGUUUCUCAUGAAAUGGCCAUUUUGUAAAAAUGUUCUAAAGAAUGUCAUUAAGAAUGACGAACUAACUCGUCAAUCGGAAUUUCUCAAAAAGCGCCACUCCAACCUGUUGUCAGCUAUAAAGAAAAUGUUAUUGGUUUUCUACAUUUCAAAUAUGAUUAAUGUGUUCUUCAUCUAUUUACCAAAUCGCGCUGACUUACAAAAUGAUAAUUAUUCAAUGACACAAUGCGUUGGUCUAGAACCUCUGUCUACUUCGCCGAAUCGAGAGAUUUGCCAAACGAUAAUUCUUACGUUGGAAUUAAGUUUAGUGACAAUUGUCCUCAACUAUCAAGGUCUUUUAUUAUUACUGAUAUCUCAUACAACUGCGAUGUACCAAUUAAUGGCAGUCGAAAUGACGGCGUUGAAUGAAAACGAUAAUGAAAAUGUUAAGGAAAAAUUACCAAUAAUGAUAGUCCGUCAUUCAAUGACUAUGGGAACGGUUGAUGAUUUGAAAAAACUUUAUAGCGUGCCUAUAGGAAUUCAUUUUGGUUCGAACGCAGUCUGCAUUUGUUUAUUCUUUUAUUUACCGUUACAAGAUUGGAUUACAUUUAUUCCUGUGUUAAUGUAUUGUUUUUUGGUUUACUUUUUAUAUUGUUUUCUAUGUCAAAGAUUAAUUAAUGCUUCGGAAGUGUUCGAAAGGGCGGUGUAUUGUUGUGGAUGGGAGACAUUUGAUUUAAAUGAAAUGAAAUUAACUUAUAUGAUGUUGAUGCAAGCACAAAAACCUAUAGAAUUGCUAGCUGCUGGUAUAGUACCAGUUAAUAUUUACACUUUUGCAACAUCAAUGCAGGCGAUGUUUAAAUUUGUCACCGUUGUCAAAUUUUAA